AUGGACGAUGUUGGUAAUCGGCUGACUGAUCAAAACCAACCAUGUCAUAAGGUGACCUUGCAAAGGCAUAAAACUCGUGAAGAAAGUGGAAGUAUUUUUAAAAAUUCAGCACUUUUUACUCUACACUACUGCAUGCUGUCUACUCUAGGUACCCUUUUUGAAGACACGAGGUGUUCUCACCAACUGGCAGGUUGUGCACAUCAACAGAUCACUUUCACCUUUGAGUGUGAAAAGUAUUGUAUCACUGACCUUGCAUUUAUUGACAUUUAA